CGAUAAUAACAAAUAGAAAAACAAAAUUAAAAAAAAAAAAAGAAACACUCUUCUCAAUGUCAGACCCUUUUUUUCCGACAUGUAGAGUACAAAAAUGACUGAACAAGAACGACAACUCAAAAGCCAUCCGUCAACCUCGAAACUCCUCUCGAAAAUGGCUACGAACGCUGAACCCAAUAAACCCAUCUUCCGUCCGGGCUCCGCAGUCGAGAUCAGCUCCGACGAGCCCGGAUUCCAAGGCUCCUUCUACCUGGGCACGGUCAUAAGCCUCUGCUCCUCCGACUCCUACUUGGUCGAGUACAAAACCCUCGUCACCGAAUCGUCGCGGCCGCUGAGGGAAGAGGUGGGGCUCUUUCAGGUCCGGCCGCCGCCGCCGUCGCCGUCGCCCGGGGCCAGAUGGAUUUUCGGAAUGGGCGACGAGGUCGACGUCUACCACAACGACGGCUGGUGGGAGGCCGUCGUCACGGCGGAUUUGGGGAAUGGGAGAUUCGAAGUUUUCUUUCGGAGUUACAAGGAGCAAAUGGAGUUCUCCAAGGAGAAUAUGAGGCUUCACCGGGACUGGAUUGGUGGGGGUUGGGUCCCACAUGUGGAAGAAGAACAUGAACAAGUUGAGAAAUCACAAACUGAAAUGGAAAUAAAUGGAAGCAAAGAAACAGUACAAGAGAAAUUUGUAAAAGGGGAAUUAGUUGAGGUUAGCAGUGAUGAAGAUGGUUUUGAAGGUGCUUGGUUUAGUGCAACUAUAGUAGAACCCACAGGGACGGACAAGUUUCUUGUGGAGUACCAGAGCUUGAGGACGGAAGAUGACAAAGAUUUUCUGACAGAAGAUAUAGAUAUUCUGCACAUAAGACCUUGUCCAGCAGAAACUCUAGUUGUUGGCUUCAGGUUGCUUGAAGAGGUUGAUUGUUUGUACAACGAUGGAUGGUGGGUCGGUGUCGUUUCCAAGGUUCUUGGUGACUCUAGGUACAUUGUCUACUUUAAGGACACCAAGGAAGAAAUGGAAUUUCAUCACUUUCAGAUGAGGCUUCAUCAUGAAUGGAUUGAUGGCAAAUGGGUCGUGGCUUCUGAGGCUCUAGAGUUGUGAUUAAGGGAGAAAAUGACCACCAAAAUGUGGUAUGGCUUGUCAUCUCAAAGCAAUGACUUACCAUGGUAAGGAAAACAUAGUUCCUUUCUUUUGGCUUCGUCUAUAAGUUGUAUUCACCGAAGUGGAAAAUUGUAAUGUAAAUGUUAAUAGUUUUUUAAGAAAUAUAUUUUGUAUUAUCAUUUGUCACUUGGAUCAAGAAUUCCAACUCUCUGUCUGUCUACAUCUGAUUCACUUUUAUUUUUAUUUUUUUUCCCUUUUCCCCUGAAGGAAAAGGGUACAAGAAUAGAGAGUGGCAUAACAUCCCUCCAAUAUACCUCGUCCACUGUAGUGAAUUAAUUUAAAUCCAAAACUUUGUCAAGGAGAAC